AACUGAUGCAAACUGACGUGUCGGCAAGUGUCAAAACAGCUUUUUACGGCAAGAUUCUUCAAAUUGGAAAAUUUCUUGAGUAAAAAUGGCACCAAAGGAGCAAAACAAAAAGGACGAUGAUAAACCAGUAAAGAUUAACAAAUGGGAUGGAUCUGCUGUUAAAAAUGCUCUCGAUGAUGCUGUCAAAGAUGUAUUGAUUAGCAAGUAUGAAUAUGUAGAAAAUUACAAUUUGAUGGAUGGCCGAUUGGUCAUCUGUGGCAUAGCUGUUGGAGUUGCAACUUUUGCUCUGAUUUGGGAUUUCCUUUAUCCAUUCCCAGUAUCUAAGCCAAUUUUGAUUUGCUGUGUGGCCACAUACUUUGUGCUUAUGGGUAUACUGACUCUUUACACAACCUAUAAAGAAAAAGGAAUAUUUGCAGUAGCUAUGCAAAAGACUGGAGCUAAAAAUUAUGUUUGGGAAGCUAGUUCUUAUUUAAAAAGGUAUGAUGAUAAAUACAAUUUAUUACUUACAUUAAAGGAAGGAAAACAUGUUCGAGAGACUAGUAUUAAAAAGAGUGUUGCAAAUUAUAUUGAUGCUAAUGGUAGUGUUGUUCAUGAGUUGGUGGAAAACACUGUUAUGAAAUUGCACAAUUCAUUGUUAACGGAAAAAAAGGAAAAAUAAUGUGUUUUUUUUGUUAGUAUUUUAUUCCUAAUAAAGUGAAACAUUUUUAAAGUAA